GAAAGAGAGACGAACCUUUGAAAAGUACCAGAAGGCAGCAAGAGCUCUGCCAGACAAGAAGGACCGGGAAGAAAUUGAGCUCCUCAAGAAGCAGUUGUCAGACCUGCAGGAGGAGAUGAGUCGGCGAGAGACAAGGUGGACGGCAUCAUCCACUCGCCUGAGGGACCGCAUCGACAUCAUGGAGAAGGAAAAUACAGAGCUGAGGGAGGAGGUCAAGCUGUUGGAACAGCAGCGC